AUUUAUCUUGCAAUCAUGGUGAAAUUGACAACAGACAUCGUUGAAAGGAAAUAUUCUCAAAUACUAAGUAGUAAAUCACUCAGUAAAACAAUAAAAAAAGAUGAAUUGUGGAAGUUGACUCAUCUACAUAUGAAUGACAUGUUUAUCAGCAGUAUUGGUAACAUUGCUAUUUAUACAAGUUUAAAAGUCCUAUAUCUUCAGAAUAAUAAUAUAUCAAAAAUAAAGAAUCUACAUUUUGCAUGUAAUUUGACACACCUGUAUCUACAACAUAAUGCUAUAACAAAAAUGGAAAAUUUAGAAUCUCUGCAAAACCUCCAAAAGUUAUAUUUAGGACACAAUAAUAUUAUUGUAAUUGAAGGAUUGCAAAAUACAAAGAAAUUACAAGAGUUACAUAUCGAGAGUCAAAGGAUACCACUCGGUGAAUCGCUAUGCUUUGAGCCACGCAGCGCUUUCACUUUAUCCAUGUCACUAAAAGUUCUUAAUAUUUCCGAUAACAAAAUGACGUCCUUAAGAAAUUUAAUAGGAUUUCAAGAAUUACAUACGUUGGAUGCAAAAAAUAAUCUCAUCGAUAACGUGGGCGAUUUAAGUGCAGCAAUAAGUACAUUGACCUCUUUGAAAGAUCUGUCUUUACAAGGUAAUCCCGUUACCUGGUCUUACAGAUAUAAGGAAAAUCUGAUUGCAAACAGCGUUUUGCUAGCUAAUCUCGAUGGGAAAAUUGUAACUGACGUUUGUCGAAGUUUUAUGAAAAGAUUUAAAAUGGAGAAACACAAUCGUCGUACAAGAAACGCAACUAAAGUCCCAUUAGGAGAUGAUAUAACAAGUUCUCUCAACUUGCCACCAGCCUUCAAAAGAUCUAUUUCGAGAGCAAUUUUUCAGCCUCCUGGACCGCAUUUGUCUAUAACAAUUACUCCUGGAUCUCUCUCGGUGGAAAAUCAGCUGCAAGUGUUUCCGCCUUGGAAGUCAGCAUCUGGCAUCAAAAGUACCAAGGAUAAUCGUAUAACACCAAGACCAUUUUGGGGUAACGUAACUAAAAACAAGGAGGCCUGUUUAUCGCGCUGUCACGUCAAUAAUAAAGCAAUUGCACUACCGUCUAUUUAAUUACAUCUAGCAAUUUUUUAACAGUUAUUAUUAGUAUAUUUAAUCAUGUUAUCUUAGGCUGAAUCAUUACAGUAUAUUAUGAUUGCAAAAAUUAUGAGUGUAAAGAAUUAAAAUUUGUAUGAAGUUAUGA